CCUAAAUCCAUAGCUAGGUGAAAGAAGAUUUCGCUAGCCAUGGGCCCCACCUUUAUCCGCGGGUGCGGCCACAGGAGGACAUGCCUUUAUCCGCUGCUUUGUCUGCAGCAGUGUGUGAGAUUGCGGAGCUGCUUGCAGAGGGAGGAGCUCCAGCGACGCCAUAGCCAGGCAGUCUCACCCACCAUGGCCACAAGCUUCACCACGCCCACGGGACCCCUCCUUGCCUUCCCACCCACCUCUACACGCGCUCCUGCAGUCACUGCGGCCAGAGCUUCGGUGGAUCACACCUCCACCACCACCACCACCAUCACCACCUUGGUAGUCAGUGGCCAUCGCGAUGCCGCAGUCAGCUCGAACCGUGGCAGGGGGAAUGCGAAGCUUGAGACCGAGUCACUUCUCGCGAGUGUAAAGGAGGAUGCAGGCAGAGAGGAUGAAGGCCACGGUGGGCAGGAAUCGUGGAGCCGGAGAGGGCUCUUGGGAGCUGCGGCAUUGGCCAUGGUUGUCAGCUGCGCGAACCUCGGUUGCGAGCCUGCGCAGGCGUUCGAGUUCAGUCUUGGAAUUUCUGGACCGAAGGAUUGGUUGAAGGGCCAGAAACGAAAGACUGCCCAGUUUUUGUUGAACCCCAUCGAAGCGUCACGCAGCCGGUUGUCUUCAGCUGUGCUUCUUCUCUCUUCAGCAGAAGGUUCCUCCUUCGAAAACUACGAGGAGGCAGGAAAGUUGGUCAAAGUUGCCGCUCGAGAUUGCACUCCAAACGAGUUGGGAUCAAUCCUUGAUUUUCAAACUCGAACAGGGGUUGAGGUUUGCACUUUCAAGUUGGUGUUAAAGAAUGCUGCAUCACUGUUGUCCGAUGAUGACCCUGUUAAAGUGAGCGCUGUUGCUGCUCUGAAUGACCUCAUAAGGUCAUUCACUACCGUCGAUCAGCUUCUUUCAAGCGGUGGAGCUAGUGCUGCAACUCAAAGAGAGGACGUUAUGGGAGCAUUGAAACAGACCAUGGCAGCUCUGGACACUUUUCAGCAGGGUGUUCAGAACUGUCUAGAUAUUUGAUUCCAAAUCAUUUUUUUUUUCUUACUCUAGUGUUGGCAUCUCGGACCUCUGCCCUGGUGUUCCUUUCAUGUGCAAUGACAUGUCUCGUAGAUCUGAAGUUGCAAUGGUUGUAUUUGGCAAUUUUAUGAAACUGCCCAAGAGUCUUGAGGAAAAUGCAAGUUAUGUUGAAUUUGGCCUUGCCAAAAUACCCUUCAUAUUUUAAUUGUUUUAUUGGUUUGUAAACCAAGAAGACAGGAGAGUAGGAUGCUACAAGGAGGUUGUAUUGUAAUUUUGAGAUACUUAAGCAAGUUUUGGAUGUGAUAUAUGA